AUGGAGAAAACAAGAGCUUUCCAUCCUCUAUUGGUGCCAAUUGCAUUUAUGAGCUGUGCUUUAGUUGCAGCAGCAUUGUACAUGGUUGCUCUCAAUUCUCGCUCACAGUUGACCGUGGGGAAAUUCGAAUUCAAAUUUAAUUCUGAAAAGAGGCGUAAGAAGUUGGAGUUGAUGAUUGCGAAAGUGAAGUUACUUCAAGAGAGACCUCGAAUCGCCCGCAGAAAUAGCACUACCGGUCGACCCUCGAAUUCUUUAUUACCGAUUCACAACAGUAGUAAAUCUCAAAUUAUUCGUAGGCAAAGCACUGCCGAUCUACCCUCGAAAACUUUGUGGUCGAAACCACAGUAUAAACUAGCCUCUUUAACGGGUGUACCUCCCGAAAUCCGCCUCAUGAUCUAUGAUCACAUUAUUCCAUCUAAGUUUGACGCAAUGACUUGGAGUUGCCAUAGUUCAAAAUAUUGCCAUGAACUACCUGAGCCUUGUGAAAACAACAAGUUGGCAGGAAGAAUUUUCAAAUCAUCGUUGUUGCAAGUUCAUCCGAAAAUUUAUCGAGAAGUUAAGGAACUUCUAUGGAAUCGUGCUGUCUUUGGACUUGGGUGCACCGAUCAUGCACAUCGUUCACUCAGAUCUAUGAGUUGGAUCUCUAGUAGACUUAUUAGGAACAUCGAAAUUCCUGUAGAGUUUGAUCGCAACUUUCAAAUUAGUCUAUCCAACAUGUCUACAUCAAUCUUAACGAUGAACGAAAUGGCUCGAGAUGGACUUUUGCAAUCUAUAACUGUAAUUAUACCGCCUUUCCAACUUCAUCUUAUUCUGGAAGAGAAAUUGAAUGGCACAUUCCAGUUUGAUCUGUUGCGAUCGCUCGGUAGUGCACGAACUUGGUCAUGCAAAAUGAUUAUAAGAAUACUAUAUUUCGAAAGUUACAAAGAACUUCUCACUCCCUUUAACAGACGUCCAAUAAAUAAUUCUCCGAUUUCGAAUAUUUCUAAUGAGAAGAUUAUUCAAAACUACAAAGAUUUGUUUGGGGAAUUGAAUCAGGCUUGGGGUGGAACACUUUAUCUUGCAGAUACGUUGGUUUGGGAGAAUGGCCGUCAUGUCUACAGAGCUCCCCCAGCAACAGUGGGGAUUCGAAAACCAUUCCUCCUCAGGGGAUAA